GUGUUUGACAGAUGUGGAGGGUGAACCGCCUCCUCCCUCUCUUCUUCUUCUUCUUCUCUUCUUCUACUUCUUCUUCUCCUCCUUCUUCUUCUUCUUCAUUCAAUGCCGGAGGGACCAGAGCAGGAGAGCGGACUGUGUUGGAAUUAUUCGCCGGCAGAAGAGAAGCGACGCGGGCUGAAACAUGUCGGGGGAGAAGGCGACGAGUCCGUGUAACAAAUUUCAAGCGAACAUUUUUAAUAAAAGUAAAUGUCAGAACUGCUUCAAGUCCCGAGAGCUUCAUCUGCUGAACGACCAUGACAUGGAGCAGGCUAAACCCAUCUAUGCGGGCUGGCUGUGUUUGGCUCCUGAGGGGACAGAUUUUGACAACCCGAUGCAGAGGUCAAGGAAAUGGCAGCGACGCUUCUUCAUCCUGUAUGAAGACGGCAGCCUGAGGUUCGCGCUGGAUGAACAGCCGAGCACGUUACCACAGGGAACAGUGAACCUGAAUCUGUGCACAGACAUCACUGAUGCAGAGCCCAGGACGGGACAGAGAAACGCUCUCUGCAUCGUCACGCCGGAGCAGGAAAUAUUCAUCCGUGGAGACAAUAAAGAGAUCAUAAACGGGUGGAGUGAGCAGCUUUCUGUGUAUCUGCGGACUAACAAGCAGAAUCAGAAGAAAAAACGUAAAGUGGAGCCUGUUGCCACCCAGGAACCCAGUCCAGCAAAGGUGGCUGCAACUGAUCCCAGUUUUCCGUCCUCGGAGAACACUUCAGAGUCCAGCUGCAGUCGGUGGCAGGAAGACCAGCAGGGUAGAGGACUGGGUGAGACCCCCAUGUGGACCGCCACAGACACAGAUCCCUCGGGCUCCAAACAGACCCCUGCAGGCGACACAUCCACCUUCCUGAGCCCGGCGUCCAGGGACUCACUCAUUUGUCCUCUCGGCUCCUUGGACUUGGUGUCCAGUGGAAACAGUAACAACCAGCUGACUGAGUCAAACAACAACCAAACAUCAACAAACAACAAGAACCAGAGCCGGGACAAAAGCCCGACGGAGAGGCUGCUGCGAUUGGAGGAGAAAGAAGGGGAGGAUGGGACAGCUGCUUCCAGGAAGGGCAGGAGUGAAGCUCGUACCAACAAACAAAGAGAGAAGCUGCAGUCAUGUGGAGACAUAGUCCAGCUCACAGCGCCGCCACCCCAGAGACGAGCCCGUUCUCUGGACCGCAGGACAUCAGACACCGUCAUGACGCCUGAUUUAUUGAACUUCAAAAAAGGCUGGAUGGUGAAGUUGAAUGAAAACGACCAGUGGAAGAAGUUCUGGUUUGUGCUGUCGACCGACAGUCUGAGGUUCUACAAAGACUCAAUAGCCGAGGAGGCUUCAGACCUCGAGGGAGAAAUCGACCUGACAAAGUGUUUUAAUGUGUCUGAGUUCCAGGUGCAAAGAAACUACGGCUUUCAGAUCCACACUCCUAAAGGCGUCUACACAUUGUCAGCCAUGACUUCAGGGAUUCGUAAGAACUGGAUCCAGGCUCUGAUGAAAAACGUACAUCCAGCUAACGCCCCUGAUGUCGCCAGUUUACCUGGUCACCUCGGUCCACCUGAAGCUCUCCCCAAACCAGACGUGACUCGGGACUCUCCCUCCGCUGACCUCUCCACAGACAGAGACCCCAAACAGAGGACUGUGAUGGAGCGGCGGCGCGAAGGACGCUACAAAACCUUCGACUGGGCCGAGUUCAGGCCUCAGAAGAAGAAACCGAAUCUGGACACAGAUCUUCAGAAGACCAAAGCUUUGUGCUCACUGGAGCUGGCCGACCUGGAGAGGAGGAAGAGGAGGGAGGAGAGGAGGAGGAGGUACGAGAGCAUGCUGGGCAUCUCUCUGGGCUGGGAGGGGAUCGGAGACGAAACAGAAGAUGACGGUGUCAGAGCUCUGAGUCCAAAAUCACAGCUGAAAGUGGAGGAGGACAUCGAGGAGUGCUGGAAGCUGGUGGAGAAGACGAUUUUCAGGCUGGAGAGGACGGUGCCGAUGUUUACUGAGGAGAAAGAGUCUGUGGAGAUGGAGAAGCUGCUGGACAGCUACAGGAAGGGGGUGGAGGAUCUGAAGGCCCAGCUGGCAGAGUCGGAGCAUCAGCGACUGAAGUUUGAGGCUCAGCUGAGUACAGCAGGAUAUUACCAGCAGCAGCUGGACCCUCCUCUGAGUUCUGCAGCAGAUUUUUGCCUAUUAGAUACAAACGACAACCCGUUAAACAGCCACUCACAGACCCUGAAAGACACGUACAAAGAAACCAGAGAGCUCCUGCAACAGCAGAACAUCAUCAGACAGAGCAUGCAGGAGCAGCUCAGCUUCGAACCACCUUUAUUAUCACCUCAGACACCCCAAAUCUGGCUGCACGACACAGAGGGAAACUUACAGGAACUGAGGGAUUUACUCCCUGAGACGGAAGUUUCACCUUUAUUAUCGCCUGUAUUUUCUCAGAGCGACGGAGAAACAAACCACCAGAAUGAGCUGAACGGAGAAGAGCAGCAGGUUGUCAGCUCAGAAACACAAAUAAAGAACAGUGAAUAUGGCUCUUUAAUCCUGGAGAAGCCCAAAGAGGAAGAGAACGCCUCGCUGAACGGCUGCGUGGAGCACCACAUUCCUCCAGACCAGGCGGUGCUGAGGAGGCUCUCCCAGGAGGUGGAGCUGCUCUCCAGCCAGAACGAGGCUCUCAACCAGCGCAACCAGGAGAUGCUGAACCAGCUGACGGAGGCCGACCGGGAGAUCGAGAGACUGAAAGCAGAGCUCAGCAGCAGGUACACCGAACCACAUCACCUCCCUGAGGUGGAGCAGCUGGAACAAACAGGGGUGGGAGAUCUGGAGAGGGAGCUGAAUUUGAGGAACCAGCAGCUCCUGGAGGCCCAGAGCUUGAUCGCCUCCCUUGAGGAGAAUCUGAGGGAGACGGAGGCGUUGCUGCAGCUCAGCAUCCCGGGACAGGAGAAAAACGAGAGUGCAGAAAAAGAGGAGGUGUAUCUGCUUCAGCUGACGGAGCUCCAGGCACAGAACGAAGAGCUGAAGGAGGCCGAGAAACUUUACCGCCAAGAGGCGGAGGCCGACAUCAGGAGGCUGAAUGAGGAGUUGCAGAAGGAGAGGUCGAAAGUUGUAGAGAGCAACAGAUGUGUUUCUGGUGAAGAAAGGAUCCAGCAAGUGAUCGAGGGGGUGGUGAUGAGGCUGAACGCUUUGGGGAAACUACUGGAGGCAAUCGAGAAGUUGGAUGUUGGUUUGAGGAAGGAGGAGAGUGAAGAGAUGGAGCCGACGGUGCUGAAUCGGUUGAAGUGGGAGGAGGAGUUUUGGAGGUCACUGCUUGACAAACUGAAUCCUGAAGAAGUGCUUCUCACUGAGGCCACAGAACGAAUGAUAAUGGAGAAACAGAUGCUUCUUUUAGGGAACGAUCUUCUUCCUGAGACGGACGAAGGUUUGAAAGAUGUGGAUAUUAUCUGUAAUGUUGCAGGAGAUGAAAGGAUGUUUCAGAUUAAACAUUUCAGGGUUGUAACACAGAUGAAAAUGUCUUUGCUGAACCACCUCGCCACCUCCGUCAGCACCUACACACGGGACAAACUCCAGCUGAUGGCCGACAGAAUCUCUAAUUUCUACUUUUCAGAGCAUCCCUGGUCUGGUUUGAUGCACUCUGCAGCAACUGAAGCGUUGUACUGCUGCCGUUUAAACCAACUUCAGUCAAAAUAUGAAGAGCAGCUGGAGGAAACCAAACAGAAACAGCUCACUGCUUCUCUCAUCUGCAGCAACUGUGUCAGCUUGAUGGAAGAGAACAGAGUUAUAAGAGAAGUCUUGUCAAACCUAGAGGAAGAAAAAUCCUUGUCCUCAGGCAAUAAGAUGGAUGUGAGUUGCCAGACAGAAGAGAUUUACCCUCAGGACACGGAUGUUGAGUCACAGGUCGCUGAUGAAACACCAGAAGAAGAGAUGUUCGAGUCCCUCGAGCUCAACUUUAUGGAAAUCCCACCUCCAGGUAUUGAAGGUCCUCAGGAGAUAGAAGAUGAAACCACAGAGAAAAAUGAUGCAUCACACGAGGUAACAGAUCUGAGCUUUGAGACAGAGGAAGUUUUAGAGUUGAGGAGAAGAGUGAAGGAGCUGGACGAGCAGCUGACGGUCAUGGAGGAGGAGUUGAAAGAAGAGUUUGAAGAAAAAAUGAGUUCUGCUCAGACGCAACAUGAGAAGGAGAUGGAAAAACUGAAGGUCACAUGUGAACGCGGCUUCACCUCCAUGGAGGAGUCUCACGUGAAGGUCAUGGAGGAGCUGCAGCGUCGACACCAACAGGAAGUAGAGCGCCUCCUGGUGGAGAGAGACCAACUGCUGGACGAGGAGAGCGCUGCUACGGCGACCGCAAUCGAAGCCAUCAAGAAUGCUCACCGUCUGGAGCUGGAGAGGGAGGUGGAGAAGAGGUGUCAGUCAGAGAACAGCACGGGAGAAACUCACCUGGAGGACAUUUACAGACAGCACAGUGAGGAGCUGACGUCGUACCAGCGGGAGCUCGAGGUUUUGUCGCAGCAGUUCUCUCUGAAGUGUCUGGAGAACGGACAUCUCGUUCAGGCUCUGGAUGCUGAGAGGAAAGCUUUGUGUCAGUGUCAGCAGGAGAACCAGGACCUGAGGACCAGAAACCAGGAGUUAAGCGGUCACCUCGCAGCAGAGAUCACCAGACUUUGUUCUCUGGCGAAACAGGACGCCCUGCAGCUCAAUCAGGGGAUGGAUGCGUACGAAAUGGAGAUUACUCUGCGAGUGAAGGAGUCUGAGGUUCAGUGUCUGAAACAGGAGAUCACGUCUCUGAAGGACGAACUGCAGUCGGCACAAAAGGACAAGAGGAACGCCACCAAGAAGUACAAGGACAUGUUCGCUGAGCUGAGUGUGGUGAGGGCGAAAACAGAGAGAGAGAUGGACGAACUGAGAGAAAACCUGCGGCUCGCUCAUCGCGCUCUGGACGACAUGUCACCGUGAACACUUCAUUUGUUUUCACUGUAACUUUAAAGUAUUCUCGGUUAAGUUUCACCCACAAGAAACAUAUUUUCCGUUCAUUGCGACGACUUAUUUAAUGAAUCCAGGCUCGUUUAUCCAUCCCCCUUUUUUUCAGCUUUCGAUUUUUAAAAGAAAGAGAACGUGUUUUACGUCGUGUGUUUCGCCUGUCCGAACAUUUGUUGACACUGAGUUUGUAAUUUACAUCGAUCUCUCCUGAAAUGAUCCUGUGAAACUGCCAGUUUUUUUUUGCGUAUUUACAAAAUAUUAUCAUUUAAAAAAAACAAGUGAUAACUUUGUGUGUUGAUAUAUAUAUUUUGUCUGUACAGCCAUUUUGUUUUUGUUAAACUUACAUCUGACUUGUGCAAUUAUGUGUUUUAUCAUAUUUUAUGUAUGUUGUUUUCACCCUCUCAUCCUCUGCUGUACGUGUCGUUAAACUGGUCAAGUUUUUGUUUUUUUUUAUCAAUUAAAUCUUUUAAAUUAAAAAUCGUUUUAUAAACA